GCCGUUCCGUACGAGUCCUAACCUUGGAAGUCGAUGCAUACGCAGAAAUGGCACCUCCUUCGGGCCAGGAACUAGUCGUCCUUGACGUGACCGCAGUAGCGUCCCGCUCGAGGACUCCCAAUGCCCCGGUCAAUCCCUACGCGCCACUUGCCAAUCGCCGAUUGACUAUCACCUCCACAGCACCUUUCACUCCGACCUAUGUCCAGUCGCACCUCACGACAUCUGAUCCAGCCGGUACAUAUGCAUCCCGUAUUUCCGGGAAACAGAUUAUGCUGGAGAACCCAGCCAAGGAGAGUAAGGCGAAGAAGGAACGGGACGAGAAGAAAGCGAGACGGAAAGAAGCGAAGGCAAAGGCUGGGCAGGGGUUGCUUGCUGUGCAGAGAGGUCCUUGGAGGCUGCACAAAUCUCAAUUUGACCUCUUCCUCCCGCUUCAUCACAUGUGGUUAGGGUACAUGUCCGAGCUACACAAUCUUCCUCCGCGGUCCAAUGCCCGGUCAACACCCAAUGUUUCCAACAUGCACGCGAAGCUUGUGAAGGCGGAUUUUCACGGCUCGCUAAUCACCGUCGGCCAGGCGAAGAACCCUGCUCUUAUUGGGUUAUCUGGAAUCGUCAUACUCGAGACUGAAAACGCGUUCCGCGUAAUAACCCAGCGAAACCAGGUCAAACUACUCCCCAAACGGAACUCCAUUUUCAAACUCUUCGUUCCUCUCCACUCUACAUUGCCGACUACCGGCCAGCCAUUGUCAUCGUCGACGCUAACAAUCGCUCAGACCGUACUGGAUAUACCGCAUCUCGAGUUCGAGCUCUACGGCAAUCAAUUCUGUUUUAGGUCCUCGGAACGUGCAGCAAGGAAGUUCAAGGCGAAGGAGAGCAUAGAGUUGUAGUCCUCCGAAAUGGACAACCUUCAUCUAACCACUGCUGGCGAGUCACUUGCGAUUUUCUUCGCAUCUUCGUAUUAGCUGGUCUUCAGUAUUUCUAUGGACUCAGCAAUCAGCAAUGUCUGACGGCCUCCAGUUGUAGGAACAAUGUCGAGCGGAUUGGCCCCAAAUAUCGUGCGUUGGAGGAGACGCCGGACGUUGAAUCUAGAUGGUUACGUUUCGAUUCCGUGAAAAGCAGUUACAGACGGUUUCUAAAUACAGUGAGCCGAAGUCAAGUCAAAGGGUGGCG